AUGACUAAAGCUGAACUUGACGUUUUUUCACUUCAGGGAAGAUUCUGUAUUGAUACAUAUGCAUAUUAUUCGGUUGUUUUUUUGUCGAUUAAAUGUAUUCACAAGCAAAUUAUGGGAGAAUAUAAGUUAGUCAUAUUGGGAAGCGGUGGUGUUGGCAAAAGUGCAUUAACUGUACAAUUUGUUGAAGGUAAAUUUAUUGGUAAAUAUGAUCCAACAAUAGAAGACUGCUAUCGUAAACAAAUAGAAAUUGAUGGGGUUGACUGUAUGCUUGAAAUCCUUGAUACAGCUGGCACGGAACAAUUUACAGCAAUGAGAGAUUUAUAUAUGAAAAAUGGUCAAGGCUUUGUUCUUGUUUAUUCAAUAACAUCACAAGCAACAUUUAAUGAUCUCCUUGAUUUGAAAGAUCAAAUAAUGCGUGUUAAAGACAUAGGUACUAAUAUACCAAUGGUAUUGGUUGGCAAUAAAUGUGAUCUUGAAGAUGAACGAGUUGUUGGAAGGCAUCAUGGGGAAUCGUUGGCUCGUUCAUUUGGUUGUACAUUUCUUGAAGCAUCAGCUAAGUUAGAAACUAAUGUUAACGAAAUUUUCUUUGAUUUAAUUCGACAAAUAAGCAGACAAAGUCAACGACCAAAACAAUCGAAACAAAGUUCAUCACGUGAAAAUACUCAAACAGAACAAUAUAGUGGAUGUGUGCAAAAUUAUUCGUCAUCACAUCCUGAUGAUCGAUCAACCGGUCAUAUGAGAGACUGUUGUGUUCUUUUAUAA